AUUGACUGGUCGCCAGCAGUCCGCUCGCAGACGAUGGGCAAGACAAAGACCAAUCGCGCAGCUCGAAAGGAGCAACCGCUGCCUCGUGAGAUUGAGCUAGAGAGCGGAGAGAGCAAAGAGCUUUCUGCAGCUCAGCAGAGCUCGUAUGCCGUCGCAUCCACGCCUCAGGUCAAGCGAAAGAAAGCAUCAAGCUCGUCACGCAGUAAGAACAAGACGCUAGCCAAGAAAGACAAGGGGAUCGAGUUGGCAGAGAAGCUGAACAACCGCGUCCAGAAGCGAGAGAUCAAGAGCGAGAAGAAGCAAGUCAUCCUCACCCGCUUGCACUGCUUGCAGGCGCUGUGCUGAUACAAUGCAACAACAGGAAGCGAGCCAAACAGAUCUACUGA